AUGCGUGUGGGAGAAGCAGUGCCGGAAAUCAACCCUCCGGUCUUCUCUUUCCCCGCCUCCGCAGUGUCUGAGAAAGAGUAUCGGAAAUCAACCCUUAUUAUCGUUGCCGCCAUCCAGAAAAUCGUCGCCGUCCUCAAGGUCACCUCCAAUUUCGGAUGUGUUGUUACCCUCACUCAACAAGAUGACGGUAUGUAUCACUUGAAUGAAUUUUCUGGCGCCCCUCUUUUCUCUGGUGGCUUUCUGGACAAGACAACCACAUCAGUAGUCCUAUUCAGCGCCGACCUAUCAGAGGGUAAAUGGCACAGAAUUACAACUACGCUUUCUGAUACCAGGAGCUUAAUAUUCAAAGACCACCAAUUCCUACAAGGAUUUCCCCAACCUAAUCAUGUGAGGAACUCCAUUGCAUAUUUUUGACUCUUUCUUGACAUGAUUAGGUCGGGUUCCCUCAAGCACAAGAGAUUUCCUUUGUAUUUACUAUUUAUGCAUUUUUUAUUUGGAUAUUUUUCCAACAGAAUGCAUACGGUAAUUGAAUCUUGAAUUCCAAUUCUAUCGGAAUGGAAUCAUUAAUUCUAAUUUUGUUGGAAUGGAAUAUGGAUAUUUUCUCCCUGAUUUAUGCAUGUUCUACACUUCUUAGUUAUUGGUUUUUGUGCAAUUCAUAAGUCCGUAUAUUUUUUCAAAGGAAUUUAGUUUUUUAUUUUUCAUUUGCUAAUGCAUUAUUGGAUUUUAAACUACAAUUGGAUUUGUUUUCAUAGAAGUUGAUGCUUGAAGAACGGACCACAAAAUUGAAAGUGAUUCUUAGCAACAUUAUUCUUUUAGAUUGUAUUAGUGUCUUUGUUAGAUUUGGAUGUUUUUUUUUUCCAAUUUGAAAGUUUUUUUAGUUUUAUUGUUUAACAAUAAAUGUAAUUCUUAGCAAUUGUUACCCG